AUGGAUUCUUCCGACUACAAUUCUAGAAGUUCUUCUUCUGCUACUUCGUACUCCGACAUUGCUGAGACGAGUGUCGAACAGCAGAAUGACCUUGAAGUUGCAGUUGACAAUGAGCACUACGACAUCAUUUCCUUCACAUCCCUAGUAUCUCAAUUGAUUGAAAGGGCGGGAUUGAUGGCACUAUUGAUAAACAUGGUUCAUAUCAGCCCAAGCAACAUCCAAUUGUCCGAUAAACGACGGAAGGGGUCAUACUUCUCAGUCUCUCUAAUAAACCGACAGAAGUUUCAGCGAGUUUUGCCAGAGGGGAUUGCCGACAUUGCGCUCCCUCAACUAAUAGCUGUCAAGACACCAAUACUCGACCAGAAUCUGCAGUUGUAUGAGAAGCGACAAAUUUUCGCAUCGAUGAUGAAUGAAUAUCGAAUCCUUAACCACAAAUCUAUUACAAAACACAAAAAUAUUGUCAAAAUCCUUGGCUGCUGCUGGAGAACUGUUGAUGUAGAUACUGAUCAUGUGAUCCCAAACCUGGUCCUUGAGGGCACCUCGUUGGGUGAUCUUGACGCGUUCUAUCGAUUAUUCCAUGAAAAGACUUCCAUGCGCAGGCGCCUCGGCCUCUGCAUCGAUAUUGCAAAGGGAGUUGAGGCUCUGCAUUUGGCUGGCAUUGUGCAUGGCGACAUCAAACCGCAGAAUGUAUUGGUCUUCAAGGAUAAGCAUCAAGGAUUCGUGGCUAAGAUAGCGGACUUUGGGUCUUCAACAUUUAUUGACCAUGAUCAAUUUCCCAGGAAGGCUUUUAUUGGCACGCCUGCAUUUACUGCUCCCGAAUGUCUUGAUCACAAGGCGGAAUUCAGCGAACAAGGCCUGCUGAAAGCUGACAUAUUCGCAUUGGCGAUUACCCUGUUAUUCUUGGUCAGAGGCCCCUUCAUUUUGGACAAGCUACUCGCCGCAUCUGAUUCGGACCAAGAGAAUCUGACACAAUACAAACGCCGAGGAGAAUUGAAUGGCUGGCUCAACCGCGACGAACGGAUUCUACCAUCCACCCAAGCGGCGCGCAAGGCAUUCGGAAAGGAAGCUCUGGAGCGAAAGCGCCAACAAAGUGUAUGGGAUUGGUUGAACAAACAAACCGAUCUCAUGAAACAAGCGCGGUUUGAAAUGAUGUCUCAACGACAAAAAGUACCUGAGGACAUCAGCGGAAAUUGGAAUCCAUUCGAGAAGAUGACACUGCAAAAUGAACGAUGUGAAAAUAUGUUCAGCCAUCUCAUUGAUCAGAUGACGUGUGGAGAGCCUAUGAUGCGAAUAGGAUCAAUGUGUCAUAUUGUGAGGGCUCUUCAGCAAGUCCUGCGCUUGGAACUACAUGACCUAUCCCAAAUCAACCUAGCAGCUCGUGAAGAGCUGGAGAAUGAUGUUUCUAUCAUGAUCGGUCUCGAAGAAUCACUGCAACACAGGCAGUCCAUGAAAUUGGAGCUGAAUCUCCGAGAAAUAAACGACGUCAUCUCAAGCACCACCAACCCUUUCAGAGAGUUACGUUUUAUCUGGAAAUUUGGGAUGAUAGCGAGCUUUCCACAAAAAUGCCCAUUAUAUCCCAAGUUAUUUCACCGCAAAGGGAAACCGUCAAAGAGGAAGGGUCCUUCUGCAUUCAUCAAGUCACAGCGUGCUAAGGUAGUAACUCACAUGUGGGAUAUCUGCAAAGCAUGGGGGCGCAAACACGAGAGAACAAGACUGAUUGGGAUAAAAAAAGAUGAAAUGGUAUUCCGAGCAUCGAUGAACGAAAAAUACACAUCAUAUCUGCCCGUUUCUGUUCGAAGAGAAAUUACUAAGCAACUGAGGAAUGUAGCAGACUCCGUUCAAGAAAGCGAAACAAGACGGGUCUUGGCAAGUUUUGAAUAUUCUGUCAUGAUUUUGUGUUAUCCAGAUACAUGGAAGACUAAGCCCUCGCCCAUCUCUACUGCCCUACACUGUCUGCAUCUUGCGGCUGCGUCUGGAUAUCACCACGCGCAAAGCGUAGCUGGAAGGCUUCAUUAUGCCUUUGGUAGUGCGAUGCCGGAAAGCGUUGAAACGGAAGUGGAAUGGCUAUCCCAAGCUUCUAUGAAAGGCAGCCUAACAGCCAUGCAACGCUUACGACUGCUUGAUCCAUCGCAUCAUCUGAAGAUCUCUCGCUUGAUUCGGUUUGAAUACCAGGGGUCAUUUUUCCGAGACGCACUGUGGUCCGAUACAGAGCUACUAUUGAGAGCGAUACCUUCUGGCUAUGAUGUCCCACCUUACUUCAUUCACAACCUUGCAGCACACGGUCAAUCUGACAGCUUGAAACGCCUUUGCAGACUUCCUCCGAGACACUUCAACAUGACGGACAGAGCAGGGGAAACCCCUCUAGUUACCGCAUGCCGGUGUGGGCACGCUGAUGUUGUUGAACUACUCCUUGAACUCGGAGCAGACCCGACAAUUGCUACAUACCGUGAUAUACACCCAUUGCACUUUCUCGGUGCUUUUGAAGACAGGCAUAUUCCACGGGUGACAAAACUACUCUUAACGAAUGGUGCAAUCUUAGAAGCCCACUGUUCACAAGGAGAUACUUAUCGGCAAGGCAUCGAUGGGCGGUUUGAUGUGGAAGCUGGAACACCGCUUCUUUGGGCUGUGAUUGCUGGAAACAUCCAAGCUAUUAACAGCUUGCUAGAUUGGGGGGCAAAUAUCUUUGCAUAUCAAAGGCUUGUUCCGCAGGACUUUACCAACGACGUGUAUAUCGACUCUUCCCCUCUCGAAAGUGCUAUUACGAAAUACCGAUUUGAUAUCGUUGAGAUUUUGCUGGCAUCAUGUAAAGACAUUCAACUAAUGCGAGGGAAACUCAAUGAGCUCCGACUGGUCGGCCCGAACAUUAGAGCGUCUCCGUUAUUGCAUGCCUUGAACAGGCCCAAGGAGGACCUUAUGAGGAUUGCCUUGACACAUGGGUGGCGGGUGCAGGAUGCUCAGUUGAUGACAGUCGCAACAUUGAUGCGUUAUGGUUCCAGCCUACUUGAAAUCAGCCGAGAGGUAUCAGGUCAAUCCAUUAACCCAACUGUCCUAAUUUGCGAGGUGAACAACCUUCCACUGCUCCGCUUUAUCUGGAACCGCGACGGUGGAAUUUACCGGCCAUCCAACACAAGAAUAUUCAUUGAGUGCAUUGGAACUGCAAUACAGUACUCAAAUAAAGAUGUUUUUGACUUCUUGGUUACUCACAAAGAUGAUCUGCACCUUGAUGAUGAUGAACAAAUAUUAGAUGCUCUGGCAAAAGUUUGCAACAUGUCCGAUAACGAACAUUACGUGUCUUCUCUUGUUGAAUUGGCUUGUUCCACAUCGCCAUCAUCAACUUCUGCUCGGAACAUAGUCACCAACACUGGCCGCCCUAACUUUACCAUUCCACUAAUGGUGAGUCUUCUUGCGGGGAAUCUGAGAACUGCAGUCCUAUUGUGUUUGCAUGGAGACUGUGAUUUCAUGUUCGAAGGGUUGUCGCUCUUAGCUGAAGUAAUUUCUCUUGAUGCCACUUCUCCCAUUGCCAACGACAGAGUAGACACACUUCUCAGUCUAGCAACAUUGGUCCUUUCGCCAUCUUCUAGAGAUGACCUUUUUUGGAGAUGUGAGGUUCACCAAAGUCACGGGCGGCAAAGUUUCUUUACUGCCUUUCACUCUGCAGUCAGCCCCCAAGCAAAUGGCGCCCGGAUUGCCAGUGAAACGUUCAUUCCUGCGGAGAGCAACAGAAAGGUCCUGGAUCACGUUCUUCGCAAUUUCCAUGAGCCACAGUUUUUGAACGCUCAAGUUGACCGAUUAUCUGCAAGAUUUCCCGGCGAUACAGCUUUGCAUAUCGCUGCACGAGAGGGCUGUUUAAAGUCCAUAGAAAUGAUCCUUCACGGGCCAUAUGGGCCUCAAAUUGAUUGCAGCUUGCUGAACGUCUACAAUCAGACAUUCUUGGACCUCUCCAUCAUCUACUAUGAGAACGCUAUCAAUGAGUCAGAAGACUUGCUCAUGUGUCUGGGAAACCUGUUCACCGCGACUGCAGCUGCUAAAAAAAUUAAAAAUCUUGCAAGUACGAUAUACUCUUUUCUUUUUGAGUACGAGUGCAAUAUCUCUGUAUUCUGCCUGGUUGUUGUUAGACGGUCUGACAACUCAUUUCUCUUCACUCGUCGACCUAGAGUACAAUUCUUCGUCGCCUUCCCGAAUGAAGAUGUUCCGGAAUGCCAUACAUUAUUUUCUGGCGAUGAUAGUGAUGGAGCCGAACUAAUACAGCUCGAGAUCGGUAGUCUGAUUCCAUUUGUUGAUACACCGUCUGAUUUUGGGAAGGUCUUGUCCGCGAAAACCAGAGAAUUUAUAGAAGGGUUCGAGUAA